GAAUGGGAAGGGUAAUUGGGUAAUUAACCACAUAAAUCCGCUUGGCAGCUCUCCUACUUCCUUGACCUUGAUCUGCAUAUAAGGAGUGUGCUGGGCACCUGGGACCCUACUGCUCUCUAGGACAUCACAUUCUGUUUCCUCCAGCAUGCGCUCUUUCCAGCUCCUGUUCAGGGCCAGCCCUGCUGCCCUGCUCCUGGUUCUCUGUCUGCAGCUGGGGAUCAACAAAGCUCAGGAAGACACUCGAAAGGCGAUAAUAAUGGACUUGGAGAUACCCCAAAGUGCAAGUCCAAAUGAAGAGGUCACUGCGCAGCUUAUAGUUAAGACACAAUUGAGAGAAUGUUUGGUGAUUAAAUCUUACCUCGUAAGCAGUGCUCCAAUUGAUGGCUCUUUUAACUAUAAAUACACCAGCUGCCUCUGUGAAAAUUAUCCAAGAACCUUCUUCUGGGACUUUCAGAUCAACAGCACUGUAAGAAUAGCAGCAGUGGUUGACAUUAUUCGUGAACUAAAUAUCUGCCCUAACGAUAAGGCAGUGGUGCCCAUUGAUGCAAACCGUUUUCAAGUCCUUACAACCCUAAUUAUAGCCUGAUCUUAGUGGAAGCCUUUGUCUCUCUGCUCCCCAACCCCAGGUCACAGGUUUCCCAGGUUUCCUCUAAGGAAACUCAGCUGGAGUAUCAGUUGUGAUCUGUAAAAUAAACUUUUCACAAGCUU